UGUCACGUGUGACAGCUUUAAAGUGGCAGCUUGGGCUUCGCCUAGGGAUCCGUUCAGGGGCCCGGGGCAUUUGAAUGAAGGGACCCGUGAAGUUAGUGAAUACCGCAGCCAGACUCCGAAUGUGUGGAGGAUUAGUGCGCAGCCCACCAUGAGAACCAACAAAGUAUACAAGCUGGUCAUCCACAAGAAAGGCUUCGGGGGCAGCGAUGAUGAACUGGUCAUAAAUCCCAAGGUUUUCCCACACAUUAAGCUUGGGGACAUUGUGGAGAUUGCGCAUCCCAAUGAUGAAUACAGUCCACUUCUUCUGCAGGUGAAAUCUCUGAAAGAAGAUUUGCAGAAAGAGACAGUCAGUAUUGACCAGACCGUGGCUCAGGUUUUCCGUCUUCGCCCGUACCAGGAUGUGUAUGUUAAUGUAGCAGACCCAAAGGAUGUAACUCUUGACCUUGUGGAGCUGACCUUUAAGGACCAAUAUAUAGGACGUGGGGAUAUGUGGAGACUUAAGAAGAGUUUGGUCAGCUCUUGUGCUUACAUCACUCAGAAAGUGGAGUUUGCUGGAAUCCGAGCACAAGCAGGAGAGCUAUGGGUAAAGAGCGAGAAAGUAACCUGUGGAUACAUCAGCGAGGACACAAGGGUAGUUUUUCGCUCCACCUCGGCCAUGGUGUAUAUAUUCAUACAGAUGAGCUGUGAGAUGUGGGACUUUGAUAUCUAUGGUGACCUGUAUUUUGAAAAGGCUGUGAACGGGUUCCUGGCUGAUCUCUUUAACAAAUGGAAGGAGAAGAACUGCAGUCAUGAGGUUACAGUCGUGCUCUUCUCCAGAACACUGUAUGAUGCAAAGUCUAUUGAUGAAUUCCCUGAAGCCCAUCGCAAUGCCUCCGUCAUGCAGGAUCACAAGGGCAGAUUCUAUGAAGAUUUCUACAAGGUGGUUGUGCAGAAUGAAAGACGUGAAGAAUGGACAUCUUUGUUAGUUACUGUUAAGAACCUCUUCAUUCAGUACCCUGUGCUGGUUCGCCUGGAAUCUACAGAAGGAUUUCCACGAGGGCAUAACUCUACCUCUGACCAAGGAAACUAUCUAGAGGCCAUUAAUCUGUCAUUUAAUGUGUUUGACAAGCAUUAUAUAAAUCGCAACUUUGAUCGCACUGGACAGAUGUCUGUGGUGAUCACUCCAGGAGUUGGGGUAUUCCAAGUGGAUCGUUCUCUCAUGAUCCUCACCAAGCAACGCAUGAUUGACAACGGGAUUGGUGUGGACCUGGUGUGCAUGGGGGAGCAGCCUCUGCAUGCUGUCCCCCUCUUUAAGCUGCAUAAUCGCUGCAAUUCAGGUGACUCACGGCUGGGAGAUGAUUAUAACAUUCCUCACUGGAUCAAUCAUAGCUUCUACACAUCCCAAAGUCAGCCUCUGAACAAUAGCUUCACCCCACGUAUUAAACUGGCAGCUCGAAAGGUGGUCAAUGAGAAGGGCAGGCUUGGAAGAGAUUCUUCAUUAGGAAGCCCCAAAGAGACAGAAAAUGCAUUGCCAAUACAAGUGGACUACGAUGCUUACGACUCUCAGGUCUUUCGUCUUCCUGGCCCUUCUAGAGCGCAACGCAGCACAAACUUCCGGUCUGUGCGAGAGACUCAGACGCGGAAGAGUUCGUACUCCUAUGAUACCUCCUGCAGCCCCUCUCAGCAAAACCGCCCUUUCCCACCAGAGGAAGGUCGAAGCCAGACUUCAGAUGAAAGCUCCCUGGGCAAAAUCUCCAACAUCCUGCUCAUACCAAGACCACAUCUCCAUCAGUAUGAAGCCAGCAGCUCUCUGGGUUAUACCAGCAAUAGAGAUUUUCUGGAGCGAAUGAUGGAAUCCCAACAAAGAGAUUCAAGUGCCCCUGGCAGAUUCCAUGUGGGCAGUGCUGAGUCCAUGUUGCAUAUCCGUCCAGGGGAAUACCACCCUCAGAGAGCACUUAUCAACCCUUUUGCCCCCUCUCGAAUGCCCAUGAAGCUCACUUCAAACCGCAGAAGGUGGAUGCACACAUUCCCUGUUGGUCCCUCUGGUGAAGCCAUACAAAUACACCAUCAGACGCGGCAAAACAUGGCGGAGCUGCAGGGAAGUAGCCACAGAGAGGCAGUUCAUUCUUCAGCGGAACUUCUGGAGCUGGCUUACCAUGAAGCAACUGGAAAACACAGCCCUCGCACACCUGGAGACACCGGUUCUUGUGGGAGCACUGAGGAAUUUUCUGCCAGCACACCCAUCAAUGGUCAGAAGGGCCACGGUACAGGAUAUAACCACAAAGAGAGAGAUAACAACCUGCAAUGCGGUCCCGAACCCAUUUUGAUGCUGUCUACUCCCCCUGUAGUGCCUGGUUUCUGCUGCACGGUUGGGGUGGACUGGAAGUCUCUUACCACCCCUGCCUGCCUGCCACUCACAACAGACUACUUCCCGGAUAGACUGAGCCUACAGAAUGACUACACCGAAGGGUGCUACGAUCUGCUGCCAGAGGCUGAUUUAGACAGGCGCGAAGAGGGUGGUACACCGAUGACUGCCCAACAGGUUUUUGAAGAGUUUAUUUGCCAACGUCUCAUGCAAGGUUACCAGAUCAUUGUUCAGCCAAAACACCAAAAGUCAAGCACGGCUGCCCCGCCACCCCUCAGCAGCAGCCCUCUCUACAGAAGAGGGUUGGUUUCACGUAACCGCCAUGAAGAGGAAAACCAGUACUGGCUGAGCAUGGGGAGAACGUUCCACAAAGUAACCUGCAAGGACAAGAUCAUUACAGUUACCAGAUACCUGCCAAAGUAUCCAUAUGAAUCUGCCCAGAUUAGCUAUACAUACAACCUGUGCCCUUCACACUCUGCCUGUGACUUUGUGUCCAGCUGGGUGGAAUAUUCCCAUGAACGUCUGGAGGAUUACAAGUGGAAUUACCUGGAUCAGUACAUUUGCUCUGCUGGCUCAGAAGAUUUCAGUCUCAUUGAGUCCCUGAAGUUCUGGCGAACACGGUUCCUCCUUCUGCCGUCCUGUGUGGGGCCAACCAAGCGCAUCACUGAGGGGGAACAAAGAUGUGACCUGUAUGGAGACAGACCACGCUCUGAGCAAGAAGAGGGGCAGCUUUUAGAUGGCUUUCUUCGAUUUGUGGAGGGAUUAAACCGUAUCCGUCGGCGUCACAGAUCUGACCGUAUGAUCAGGAAAGGUGCAGGUAUGAAGGGAAUGCAGCUUCCGUCUCACCCACCAGAGCCUGCCGGGCCCCCUAUUGGAAAGAAAGGAACCUCUGCGCUCUCAGCUUUGUUAGAAAUGGAGGCCAAUCAAAAGAGUCUGGGAGAGCAGCAAGCUCUUGUUCAUACUGGGAAGGUGUCUUCUCAGGUACUAGACCCCGUUGUCACACCAACCUAUGUGGAUAGUCCUCGUAAGGAUUCUGCCUUCUUUAUGGAGUCUAUCCGUAGCCCCCGCACAGCACCCACCUUCAAUCCGCAGAUCUCUAUUGACCAAGGGGUUUUCCUCUUUUCUGAUGGAAACAAUGUUCUUUCAAACACAACCACACCUGAGAGGUCACAAAGCCAAGUGGGAAAUACAGGAGAGCAGUCGUCUUUCUCCGUGGAGCCCAGUGUGUCACAGAUGUCUGGUGGACCAAGCACUCUGCCUUCCAAUGCCACCAUGAGUGACAUUCUAGAGGCUAUGAAACACCCAACUACAGGUAUUCCACUACUGUCAGAACAAAAGGGUCUCCCUCCGUGCUGCUUUAUCAGUGCUGAGGUUGUUCAUUGGCUGGUUAACAAUAUUACCUGGGUGCAGAGUCAAGGAAUGGCUAUGGACAUCAUGCAGAAGAUGCUGGAAGAGCAGUAUAUCACACAUGCUUCAGGGGAAACACUCAGGACCUUCAUCUAUGGUUUUUACUUAUACAAGAUCCCACCUGAGAGGGAACCAGAACGAGCAACAAGUCUGACACAACCGAGCCCGUGGCACUCCUUUGCCAUGGAGGAUUUCACAGCUUUUCAGAGGAAGUGGUUUGAGGUGGCACUAGUUGAAGAGGAGCUCCUACAUUCAGAGAUCCCACCAUUUCUCCUGCCUUGGUUGCCCAGUCGCCCAGCCUCUUAUGCAAGUAGGCACAGCUCCUUCAGCCGCAGCUUCGGAGGAAGGAGCCAAGCCGCAGCUCUGCUAGCUGCCACUGUUCCAGAGCAAAGAACAGUCACCCUAGAUGUGGAUGUUAAUAAUCGUACAGACCGGCUAGAAUGGUGCAGCUGCUACUAUCACGGAAAUUUCUCCCUGACUGCUGCCUUCGAGAUUAAGCUGCAUUGGAUGGCGGUAACUGCUGCUGUGCUGUUUGAAAUGGUUCAAGGCUGGCACAGGAAGGCCACUUCUUGCGGUUUCCUACUCGUCCCAGUAUUGGAGGGCCCAUUCGCUCUGCCUAGCUACCUAUAUGGAGAUCCCCUACGUGCACAGCUCUUCAUUCCCCUCAACAUCAGCUGCCUGUUGAAAGCUGAUAGCGACCAUCUAUUUGAGGGAUUUGAGCCAGAGAGUUAUUUGGAGCGAAUGCAUUUGUUACAGGAAGUGAUUGCAUACAGGUUUGGUUUCAUUCAAGAUAAAUAUACAGCAUCUGCGUUCAAUUUCCCAUCAGAGAAUAAACCACAGUAUAUACAUGUAACAGGGGCCGUAUUUUUACAAUUACCAUAUUCCAAGCGUAAAUAUACCUCAGGGCAGCAAAGGAGGCGGAGAAAUUCCACCAGCUCUUCCACACAAAGCUUAUUUGGGGAUGAACGGAUUGGGUAUAACUGGGCAUACAACACUAUGCUGACCAAGACUUGGCGGUCUAGUGGCACGGGAGAUGAACGCUUUGCUGACCGGCUGCUCAAGGAUUUUACAGACUUUUGUGCCAAUCGUGACAACAGACUGAGCGCUUUCUGGGCUAGCUGUCUGGAAAAGAGGAACAUGAGUGAACCCUAGACGCAUCCAAGGAGUAACCUUAAUCUUUAACACCAGUGAAGUGUAUUGUCUACUGACUUAUUCCCUCACACAGGUUGAACGGUGGUGCCUUGUGCUUGGACACUUGCUGCUAGUACUCGCUUCACACAGGUUACUGAUGAUUUCGGUUUACCUGACCCUGGACGUGGACCAUAAAGACAUUGGCACUAAUCGCUGAAUCUUUGCUGGUUGGCAUAGUGGUUUGCACUCUUGUGUUUUACUGUUAAUAUAUUUGACUUCUCAGCUUAUGUUCAAUGAUCAAUACAUCAUUUUUAAAAUAUCAUUGUUUAGAUUGAAGUUUACUUUAACAAAAAAAAAACUUUAAAUUUUGACAUUAUUUCCUGCUUACAAUUAUAUCCCGAUUUCCUUAAAAAUCCGGCAUUUAUUUCCCUGAGCUUUAUUCAUAAAACCAUGCACUGGAGCAUCUCACAGACUUAACUAUACAUUAUGUAGAGGUUACUUGGCCUUUGAGACGCUCGCUGUCUUGGCUCUGUGUACUUUAUGCGAGGUGUAAUAUUUGAUCUUGCCUUAAUUCAUGGCUUCCCAAAUAAACAACAUUGUCUUCAAAGAC